AUUACAUAACAUGUCAAACUUUUGAUAAAAAAAACUUAUCAGUAGAAUCUGUGGCUGCUUAAUUUGUUUCGAGUUUUUAGUUAUUCUACGUGAACAUUUGCUUUACAGCAACUCGAGCUUCCUCGCUGUUUUCUAAACAACAUUUUUCUGUGAUAUAAUAAAUUAGAAAGUUAUCAUGUCACAAAUUCCCAAAGCUAGUGGCAACUUGGCCAGCAGGUUUUUCAAUAACCUUAAAAGUAAAGAAUUUCGUGAUUAUCUUAUGAGUACCCACUUUUGGGGACCAGUCGCUAAUUGGGGUAUUCCGAUUGCUGCAAUUGCUGAUUUUAAAAAAGAUCCCAAGUUUAUUAGUCCAACAAUGACUGUAGCUUUGACGCUUUACUCUGCAAUUUUCAUGAGGUUCGCUUGGAAGGUGCAACCAAGAAAUAUGCUGCUGUUCGCUUGCCAUGCUACAAAUUUUACUGCUCAGAAUGUUCAAGGAGUACGGUGUGUCAAACACUCCAUUUCUAAGAAAUUAUCUGAUAAUUGAAUAAAUUGAGUCACAAAUGCAACACAAUCAAUUGUUACAAACAAAUUUGUAGUUAAAAAUCGAAAUAAUUAAUAAUUUUUGUUUCUAGUUAAAUAAUUUUUGGUGAUUUAUUUAUUAACAAAAAAAAAAUGGCCCUUAUAGCUGAGGUGUGAUAAAAACCACAAAUAAUAAAGCGUUAACCCUUUUGAAUGUGA